AUGUCCUCGACGGAGGUCGAGGCGGUGCGCGACGCGGACGCGGACGCGAUCGGGAGGGAGGGGCGAGGCCGAGGGGCGAACGACGACGACGGCGGAGGGCGGGACGAAGAAGACGGCGACGACGACGCGGAAGCGCCGCCGGACGUCGACCCGAGGGCGCCGUCCGGCGCCGCCGCCGCGCCGCCGCCGCCGCCGCCGCCGCCGAAGCCCACCUCCUCCGCGCUGGGACUUCCGUUCGAGUUCACCCAGCGCGAGGCGAUCUUGAUGACGGGCGAGUCCCUGGACGCGCUCCCGCCGCCGCCGCCGAAGGCGCCCGGGGCGGCGGCGCCGUUGAACGCCGUCGAGGGCACGACGCGAGAGGCGGCGUUCGAUAACAUGCAGGCGUUGUUGGCGAAGAAAGAGAAGCUGCUGGAGAAGCGACGCGAGGCUGCGAAAGCCGCGGCGGUGGAAGUGGCGGAAGUCGAAGCGAAAGAAGAGGCGAAAGAAGAAGAGGCGGUGGCGGUGGUCGAGAAAGCGACGGCGGAGGAAGAGACGACUCGGUCGUCGUUGCUUCCUCCGUUGCCGCCGUCGUGGGCGUCGUCGUCGUCGUCCUCCUCCUCCUCGGACGAUACGGACGCGUUGCGCUCAACGCUUGAGGACGGCCUCGCGUCCCUCCGCGCCGCGCGGUCCGCGGCGUCCGACGCCGGGGACGACCCGAACGCGAUGAUCGCCGCCGACGACGCGCUCGCCGCCGCCGUCGCGCUUCUUCGCGCCGCCGAGGACGCGCUCCUCGCGGCUUCGGCUUCGGCUUCGGCUUCGGACGCGACUCCGACCCCGACCCCGACCCAGACCCUUCGGUCGUCCGCGGCCGCGAGCGGCAACCUCGCGAACGCGCUCCUCCUCCGCGGCCGCCUCCAGCGCCGCCUCGCCGCGAUGGCUGCGCGCGAGGAAGCCGCGAGCGUCGCGCGCGGCGUCAACGCCGGAGCGGCGGGCGCGGCGGCGUUCCACGCCGAGCUCGCCGAGGAGCUGCUCGUGCUCGCGGGGCGGAGCUUCCGCCGGGCGCUGACCGCCGCGAGCGCGAUGGGUCCUGACCGCGGCGGCGACCGCGGCGUGACGCGGGCGCUGACGGGGUGGGGCGCCGCGUUGGCGUUGCGCGCGCGGAUGGCGUCGGACGCCGCGGGGUUCGACGGAAUCGGCGCGGGUUCGCCCGGGUUCGCCGCGGAGGCUGCGGCGUUGGCGGCGGCUGCGAGCGAGAAGUACCGCGCCGCGCUGCAGUCGCCGUUCGUCGUCGACGGUGGGAUGUCGGCGACCGCGCGCGCGGCGGUGUUCAUGGACUGGGGCGACGCGCUGCGGCUCGCGGCGGCGUCCGCGGAGGCGAGCGGCGGCGGCGGCGGCAGCGGCGGCGGCGGGUCCGAAUCCGACGCGUCCUCCUCGUCCUCCUCGCUCGAGCCGGAGGAGUGUUGGGCGCGCGCGGCGCAGUGCUACGACGAGGCGAGCCGGUUGGACCCGGAAGGGUGCGGCGCGCUCGGCGUGAGGAACCGGAACGCGUGCGACGCCGCGCUCGGGACGCGACGCUACGGAGGUCAUCGAUAGAAGAGAGGAGAGCGAGCUGGGUCGUAGACUGCGUCGAUAAAAAUCAUCUGAAAAUC